CACCUGCUGCGGGACCCCGAGGGCCGCGGCUUCCCCUGGCGGCCGCGCCCCGUCUCCCACGUCCUGCACGCCGCCGCCCUGGUAGCCGCCGACGGCAGCUCCACUGCCUUCCGGGACGUCGACGCCACCAUCGCCGGGCUCUACUUCUCCGCGCACUGGUGCCCGCCCUGCAAGGCGUUCACUCCGCAGCUGGUGGAGACCUACCACAAGGUGCGCGCCCGUGGCCACCGCUUCCAGGUCAUCUUCGUCAGCUCGGACCGGAGCGCCGAGAGCUUCGAGUCGUACCUGUCGACGAUGCCGUGGCUGGCGGUGGCCUACGAGGAGGCGGAGACGCGGCGCGAACUGGCGGCGCUGCUGCGCGUCCAGGGCAUCCCGGCGCUGGUGCUGCUGCACGCCGGCGACGGCAGCGUCAUCACCGACGACGGCCGCGCGCUCGUCAACGACGACCCGGACGGGCUGGAAUUCCCAUGGCAGCCCAAGUUGGUGAACAUCUUGACAGAGAGGUAUGCUGCAAGAAUACAUGACCAUCCAGCUAUUAUCCUAUUUGUUGAGGGGGAAGAAAGUGAAAUGGAGUUUGCCGAAGCUGUUCUGUUGCCUGCAGCUGAGGAAUAUGAUGCAGAGCACCGGCUCGAUGACACUGAAGAUAGACUCCAGUUUUUCAUUGGUUGUGAUAGUGAUACGAGUGACUUACUCCGUGAACUGGUGGGCAUUGAUGAUGCUGUACCCCUACUUGCUGCUGUGGACAUUCCUAGUGGAAGACUGGCGGUUAUGGAAGAUGGUGCUGAGAUAACCGAGGACUCUGUCCGGCAGUUUGUUGCAGCUUUCUGUGAUGGCUCUUUACCCACUGUUGAUAUAGGAUCUCCACAGGAUCAGGAAGAGGGACAACUUGUAGAGAUAGGGCAGUGUUAGAAAUAGAAUCAGCAAAAAACCUUUUGGAUACACAAUGUAACUACAGAUGUAACUGAAUCGUGUGACUUUGAGCUGAGUAUUCCAGAGGCAAGUAAAUCAGAUCAACAGUAAAAUUAUGCUGCAAGAAAAAGUACAUAGGAUUAAUGGACAGCACUUCAUAAGAUUUUAUAACAAAUACUGGAUUAUACUGCUCUAUAAGCUUAUCUUAACACUCUUUGAAAUAUGAAAAUAUCUUUUACAGUAAAAUGUCUUUCACAAUAAAAUGAAAGAAUUAAGCUUAGACAGUAGUACGGUAACAUGGCAAAAUGAAUAAGGCAUGUUUCGGUAAUCCAAAAUUCAAUCAAGUUUAUUUUUAAUUACAGAAGAAUGAGAUCGAUGAUCGUUAAUGGCUGAAAUGCAGUUAAAUGACAAAAAAUUGUUUCUCUUUCUUAGGAGUAAUAGGGUAUAUUAACACCUUUGGUAAGCAAGGAAUCAUAGUAAUAAAUCCAGAAUAAACUUUCAGUAACAUUAUAAAAUUUUAGUUAUUUCAUACCACAAACAAGAAGACUAUUUAAACAAUGUAGCCCAUAAUUAUAAAAUUGCAAAUGUUAACAACAGAUACAGUAUUUUAAAAUGUUUAUUUUAAUGAAUUCUUUUAUAAAUGAACCAAAAUAUAUGUACCAAAGAUAUCUAUAUUGGAUGCUAUAGCACUGUCAGUGAUAUUAGCUGCUGUCUUCUACAUUCAUGUUGCAUCAUGAUUUUCAAAUGAGAUAUUUCAGACAUAGUUGUAGCCAUCUUUCAGUUUUCUACAUGAAUGGGACUCCAUGACAUUUGUAAGGAAUGGAAUAAAAGUAUCAUCUUUAAAAUGAAGUUGUUCCCUCUCCUGAUAAUUAACGUAAGGCUAAAGUAUGCUGCCAUAAGUUCAAAUAAUAGAAACCACCUUAAAUUAUCAUCCUUUUUAUAUUCAGUAACACAGAUUAAAUCUAUAAACGCUUUUUUGUACAUAUAACUGCAAAUAAACUUGUGAUGUGCAUCCUGAAUAUUUAGAUGAGUGAGAGAUAAUAGAAAAUGUGUCAUACUGGGUCAUCUGAGGAUUAACAUUUCAUGCUGGGCAUGACUCACACCUAUAGGUUUUGACACGUAGCUAUACAGAUGGCUCCAUCAACUUUCAGACUACUCAUUUGUCUUCAAAUAUGGCUACACACAGAUCAAAACAGGUUGCUAGCAUUAAUAAGUGUGAAAUACUUUGUUGCAUUAAGUUUUUAAAUAAAUGUUAACUAAAAUAAGAGCUGUCCUGAAAAAAAAACUUUUUACAGGCUGCUUUCACAGUUAAGAUUUGUUGCAUGUCAGGCAUUUUACAUGAGAAGGCAAGUGACUGAAGAUUUAGGUAGCAGCAUAUUCAUAUCUUUCUGAGCUGAAGUCAGUUAUAAUGAAAAGUGAUAAAUAUCAAUUUGACUUUUAUGCAUAUAAAAUGCAGAAUGUUCCACUUUAUUUCAUAAGACGGUAUCAUCAGCAAUUUUUCUUCUUUAGGGCCAGCAGCAUAACAUAUGUCUGAUGACGAUAUGAUUAUUAGAAUAGAUGCACUAAACUGCUGCUUAAAAUAAGUAAUCUAUAUUCAUGACAGACUGUUUCGGCCUUUAUCAGCCUUUGUCAAGUACAUCUAGAUCGAUGUG